UUCUCCAUUUGUGUUUCUGUACAGUGAGGACAAUGAGGAAAUACAGGUUAACACCCACGAAUCCGCUGUGGUCAAGACAAUGAUCAAAGGAACUGCUUCAAACCACGGCCAAAGGAUACAGAGUGGCUUGAUUGCGCCGUCUUUUGGAAUGAAGGGUAAUGGCAGUGCCAGUGUCCUCACGGGUCCUGUUUUAGCCCGACCUGUGCCUCAAACCCACCCUAAAGAUGAGGACACCCUGGUCCAGAUGGCAGAACACAUUCCUGCUGGGAUGCGAACCCCCAUGUGUGCCCACUGCAACAUGGUGAUCAGAGGGCCUUUUUUGGUUGCAAUGGGAAAAUCGUGGCACAAGGAGGAAUUUAACUGUACCCACUGCCAUACAUCUCUAGCAGAUAUAGGCUUUGUGGAAGAAAAGGGGUCUGUGUAUUGUGAACACUGCUAUGAAGAUUUCUUUGCACCAACCUGCAGCCGCUGCCAGACCAAGAUAUUGGGGGAGGUGAUUAAUGCUCUGAAACAAACAUGGCAUGUCUACUGCUUCAUGUGUGCUGCCUGCCAGCAGCCAAUCAGAAACAACACCUUCCACCUGGAGGAUGGAGAACCCUACUGUGAACAAGACUUUUACAACUUGUUUGGGACUAGUUGCCAUGGCUGUGAGUUCCCUAUUGAGGCUGGAGACAAAUUUCUGGAGGCACUUGGUUACACCUGGCACGACACCUGCUUUGUUUGUGCUGUGUGCUGCACCUCUCUGGAGGGCCAGACCUUUUUCUCCAAAAAGGAUAAACCUCUUUGCAAGAAACAUGCUCUAACGGUGAAGAUAUGAACCUUCAAACGGCUCUCUGUCUUUGCUCUCUUAUCAAAGGAUGCAGAAAUACUGACCUCCAGGUUGGAGGUUUCUGCUUUCAGAGGACGUAACAGUGCUUAUAUUUACUGGGGGGUUUAAGGUUUUGACUAAGUUAAAUGUGGUGAACAACUAAGCAGAUUAAUUUUAUUUUAAUUCCUUAAAGGGGACAUAUCUUGCAAAACCCACCUUUUUAGCCCCUAAUUACAUUGUAUUGUAUACCUGAAGUCGUUAGAAAUGCAGACAAUUUGAAUUUUGUCUUUCCAGGAGUUACACAGAUAUCUUUAUAUUCUUUUUAUUCAUAUUUUUCAGUAUUCUCUGGUUUCUAUUAUGCUUUUUGAUCAGUAUUGUCACAGUAUUUGCUGCUAAACUACUAAACAAGAUCAUGGACUUCUGGCUUAACAAUUUCGAGAUCUGCCAUUUUUAUUUCUUAGAGCGAUUAUGUAGUCCAAGGAUGACGAAACUAAGAGCGGAUAAGUCAUUGGCUAAUCAUAACACUGUCCUCCAAUAUACUACAAAAAUGCCCGAACUGUGUGAAUUAAAUGCUUUACGACCUGGAGGGUGGUGGGGUGUGAAGUGCCUCCUUUACAUUCAAAGAGACCUCACCAAAACGAGUUGCUCUCAGAUGCACAUCAGGGGUAAAUCGGGGAUGUAGGGGUAAAUAAACGAGGAAUUCCGAGUACUGCGGUUUCUUAUAUAGACCACAACUGAAUGAUGUCAAUGUGAAAAGGAAGAAUUGAAAAGCAUGAUAUGUCCCCUUUAAAUAAAUGUAUUGUACUUACGCACACAAGAAGUUGCACUGUUAGGGUAUUAUCUUUGUAACACCACAGUUAUUCAUUUUCCCCUAAAUAGAAAUAGAAAUUUUUGUUUUAUUAAAUGGUCCUGAUAUUACUUUUGAUUGUGAAACACAUGGCUGGUUUGUCUGUAGACAUAGAAUAGAAUCUGCCCCACUUAUUACAAAUCACUGAUUCACAUUGUAAAAACAAGAAAUGUACAGCAUAUUCAUACGUAAACCAUGAGAAUGUGUUACAACAGAAUGACAUGAGUAAUUAUUAUCCAUGAAACCAUUCAGAUUUUCAUAUAGUUAAAUCUGAUUUACAGAUUAUUAGUUAUUUACAUUAACCUUUACAUUCUUUUAUGUCUCUAUAUUCAAGAACCAUUUUAAAAUAGAGCUCAAAAACUUAAAAUCUACAUUAACAUGAACUAAAUUUGGGUGUAAUCAUUUAAUUGAAGGUUUGAACUAAGCUGCUUGGAUAAUUAUUGGAUUUUUCAUCCUAAUUGUAUUUUCAAGGCAUAUGUCAAAAAAAAUAUUUCAUGUUACUAAACAGAAAAAAGGGAUACAACAGUUCCUGUUAUAUCCUAUGUAAUAAAGGUUUCUAAACAAUAUUCUUUAUUCUGGGGGGUUAACCAAAGUUCCCAAAACACAUGAAGUAAAUAAUUAGAUAACAAGUGUUAAUGUUUUUUCAUUAAUUAUUCUGUUAUAUUUUAAUUUCACCUCAAAAAUGAUCUAAAAGACAGAUGUUGCAGUAGUUCUUCAAGAUUAAAUCGUUUAAAUCCUUCAAUCACAGUCUGUACCGUACAACUUUUUAACCCGGAGGAAAGUUUGCGUUUGUUGUUUUUUGCAACUUGUAUGGUUAAUAUCAUUUAUAAAAGGGGGGGGGGGGGGGAAAGCCUUAUUUUAUACUGAAUCAGUGAUUAUUUGUGUACUUAUUUUGGAUUUGAAGGGUGUUUCAUUGUGGGACCAACAAGGGGGUUGUAGCGUGUGUGCAAUGGUAAAAAAAAAAAGAAUUUAAAUGUCAAUUUUUAUUAUCUAUCACAUACGUUUGAAAUGAAAAAUAAUAAUAUCCGUGUUGUUUAAUAAAUUAUGAUUUUUCAACCCUCUAA